AUGAAUUUACAAGUCUUUCGGUUCCCAAUUAUCACUUCGAGUAUCAUUUCGGCAGCAAGCAUCGUUUUUCUGAAUAUUUUUGGUCCGGCAAUAUUUGGUGUAAACGAUGUCAAUGAUUAUCGGAAAGGCAAUCGUGCACGUCAAUUGAGUACAGUCAAAUUUGAACUUUUUACAUUUCCAUUCAGUGUGUUUUUGUAUUUUCGACUCAUCAAACUUGCGAAAUAUGUGCUAACAUAUAAUAGUAAUGGUGUUAUGACAGAUCAUGCAUCAAAGCAUUUGCGAUUGAUAGCAAGUGGUACGAUAUUUUGGUUAUUGCUGGGGCAUGCAUCACUUUUCCUAUAUUUUUUUCCCAAUCUACCACGUUUUUUUGUCAUCUUGUCCUUUUUAUCAGUAGGUUUAUGGUAUCACGUUGUUAUCCCUUUAGCUGCAUUUGCAGUUCUAACAACAUUGAUUUCUGGACUGAAGGCAAGGGUUACUGUAAUAAACGACGAAUUCUUGUACGGUCUGUUGGUAAGAAGUGAGGCAACAACUAUGUGUCAUGGAUUCAUCAGUAAAUGCUUAUCCAAGUUUUCCGUUUUGGAAGUAUUUUGUUUGAAUAAAAAUAUACAAACUGCGUUCACAUUACUGGUCGCUGUUUUUUUAUGUUUCUUUUCAUACAUUUUCUGCGACACACUAAUUAUCAAAAAUAUAUCACUAAAUGUGAAGGAUUUACCCGAUAGUGCAAAAGGUGUUCGAUUUGCCCUUAUAUCGGAUAUUCAUGCAGGUGCAACAGUAUUCAAGGAACAAGUAGAAGAAAUUGUGGAUCAAGUAAACAAUCAGAUGGUUGAUGCUGUAUUUAUUGUUGGUGAUACUGUAGAUGCUCCAAGAGAUUCAAUAGAAAGUCGUGUAAGACCGCUACGGUUUUUGAAGCCAAAAACGUUUUACGUAAGUGGAAAUCAUGAGUACUAUUAUGGUAAUGCUUCAGAGUGGUUUGAUUUAUUUCAACAAUAUGGAUUUGAAGUCUUGAAUAAUAGGCAUGUGCUUUUUCGUGGUAUUUGUGUGGCUGGUGUGAGUGAUUAUUCAAGCGGACGAAGCGGAUUGCCUGGUCAUCUUUUUCAACCAGUAGAAGCACUGAAAGGUUGUCCGACGAACACUACAACCAUAGUGCUUUCGCAUAAUCCAGCUUCGGCCGAAAAAAUUGCUUUUAAUAGUGCACAUAAACGUGUUGAUCUCAUUCUAUCAGGACAUACACAUGCAGGACAAUUUUAUACGGUUGCACCGAUUGCUUACUGGAUGUUGCCCUAUUAUUAUGGGUUGUAUCAGAUCUCAUCAGGAACGCAGUUAUUUGUUACAGCUGGUACGCUUUAUCAGGGAGCGCCCAUGAAAAUGGUUUGGACAUCCGAAAUUUGGAUCAUUGAACUACAUGUUACUUCUUAA